UUUUGUUUAAAAGCAUCACAAAGGUGCAAAGGCACUGCAGAAAACUAAGUCAUUUUAUGGUUUAAAACGACGUUAUCGACACAAUUUAAUACAAAUUCAUUUUAUGUCCAAUAUUUGUAAUUAUUAUUACAUUUAUUCUGUUCCUGUUUGGAGUACAUAUGAUUACACGAGCCGCGAUUCGGAUUCCCCGUAAUAAGAACCAAGCACACCCAAUGUGCCGCUGCUACUGUGAGUUCUGCUUGACGUGCGUGACAGACCAGACAAGCUCAAGCGGAGCUGGUGCAAAAGGUCACAUCCACUACUUCUGCAAGAGGCAACAUCCAAAAUGGUGUUCCUGUCUUGUACCCUUUGGGCGAGAAGCCGCGGACCUGACAGAUACUGGAAGGUCCAAGAACUCCUCAAGCAUGCUCGGCACUUCAGAGGCAGGAAGAACCGAUGUUAUAGCCUGGCUGUGCGGGCGGUGAGGAGGGCGUUUGUUUACGCGACUAAAGGUCGCAAAUUAAAGAAACGCAACAUUAGAACGCUUUGGAUUACACGUAUAGCAGCAGCAUCCCGAGAGCACGGCAUGAAGUAUCCCGUCCUCAUGAACAACCUAACAAAGAGCAGUGUGCAGCUCAACCGAAAGGUUAUCAGCGAGCUGGCCGUCACAGAACCUCGGUCGUUCCUCUCGCUUGCCAAGCUGGCCAGAGCCCGGCAAAAAGAAGGCUUCUGUGCAGCGUUGGGUGACGGCAAAGAGCCUCCUGGUGUCUUCUCCCGUGUGGUCGUGCAGCAUUAAUGGACUCAGAUUGUGGAGAUGUUUAUUAAAUAACAGAGUGGACGCGUACAUUUUUUUAUUUAACAUUUGUUCUCCGCUGCGUACAUUUUUGUUUUGUCAUGUGGUAUUAUUAUUGGUCGCUAAAACAAGAUUGUUUUUUUCCUCACUCUUUUGACCAACAUGUAAGUGUAAAGACUGAUGUAUUGUGUGUGUAUCAUUGCAAUGUCAAUUCAACAUACCUUAUAUUUUCUGAUAGAAAUGAGUGGUCAUGCCCCCCCCCCCACACUUUGUAAAUAUUUUUUCUCAUUGUGUGCUUGUCCCCUGAAUGUCAAGUUAAAUAAACAUUUUGAUACAUGCAAAAA